AUGCAUCGUCGCGGCGGGAAACGUAUCCGAAUGGAUGACCCACCUCCGGAGUAUGUAAACCCUACAACUCCUGCUACUCCCGCUACAGAUUAUGGCGGGCGGUCUACUCAUGAACCAGAUUUGAGUCGGCCGGGUUUUGAAGGGGUAAGUGUCGAACCUGUGCGAGAGGAAGCGGAGGAGGCUCACCAUGAAGAGGAGGACGUGCGCUCACCUUCUCCGGCCGUCACUAAACGCGUGACGAGAAGUCGUGGUCGAGGUGCUGACAGUGGUUAUGUGGGAUGCCUGGCAGAGUCGCCGCCACCGCCACCGUUGCGCCGCAAACCGAGGGGAGGUGGCGGUCGAGGCAGGGGCAGAGGUAAAGCCGCAGCUCCGCCGCCUGCGUAUUCACCACCGCCGGUUUUACUGCCUGGAGAUGACGAGAACAGCCUUUAUAAUAUUCUCAGAUUCAACAAGACUGCUAUCAAUCAAGUAGUAGACAUGUGGAUUGAAGAGUAUAAAAGUAACCGUGAAAGUGCACUAGUGCAAUUGAUGCAGUUUUUCAUCAAUUCAUCUGGCUGCCGUGGUAAGGUUACUCCUGACAUGGCUUCCAUGGAUCACACCCUCAUCAUCAAAAAGAUGACACAAGAGUUUGAUGAGGAAAGUGGAGAGUACCCUUUAAUAAUGACAGGGCAGACUUGGAAAAAGUUUAGAUCAAAUUUCUGCGAGUUCAUCCAAACCCUGGUAAAGAUGUGUCAAUACUCCAUCAUUUAUGACCAGUACUUAAUGGAUAACAUAAUAUCUCUUCUGACCGGCCUCUCUGACUCGCAAGUGAGAGCUUUCAGGCACACUGCCACUCUAGCUGUGAUGAAGCUUAUGACGGCACUGGUAGACGUGGCAUUGUUGACGAGUGUGAACUGUGACAACUGUCUGCGGCAGUACGAGGCCGAGCGGCUGAAGGCUCGAGACAAGCGCGCGUCGGACAGACUUGAGGUACUCGUCGCCAAGAGACAGGAGCUCGAGGAGAACAUGGAGGAGAUUAAGAAUAUGCUCUCAUACAUGUUCAAGUCUGUCUUCGUUCACAGAUAUAGGGACACGCUCCCGGACAUACGGGCCAUCACGAUGGCUGAGAUAGGCAUCUGGAUGGAGAAGUUCCCCGCGCACUUCCUCGACGAUCUCUAUCUUAAGUACAUCGGGUGGACUCUACACGAUAAGGUGGGCGAGGUUCGCCUCCGGUGCUUACAAGCGCUGCAGCCGCUUUACGAGUGCGAGGAGUUGAAGGGCAAGCUGGAGCUGUUCACCUCCAAGUUCAAGGAUCGCAUCGUCGCCAUGUCUCUGGACAAGGAGACGGAGGUCGCCGUACACGCCGUGCGACUCGUCAUCGCCAUACUCAAGAUGCACCCGGACGUGCUGACGGACAAGGACUGCGAGAACGUGUACGAGUUGGUGUACUCGUCGUGGCGCGGCGUGGCGGCGGCGGCGGGCGAGUUCCUCAACGUGCGCCUGUUCCGCGCCGACCCGCGGCAAGGCGCGCCUGCCCAACACGCCGCUCGUCAGGGACCUCGUGCAGUUCUUCAUCGAGUCCGAGUUGCACGAGCACGGGGCGUACCUGGUCGACUCGUUGAUAGAAUCCAACCCCAUGAUGAAGGACUGGGAGUGCAUGACCGAUCUCCUCCUGGAGGAGGCGGGGUCCGGAGAGGAAGCGCUCGACAACAGACAGGAAUCGUCGCUGAUAGAGCUGAUGGUGUGCUGCGUGCGGCAGGCCAGUACGGGGGAGCCGCCGGUGGGGCGCGGGCCGGCGCGCCGCCACCACCACCACCACAUGCUCACCAAGGAGCAGGCCAAGAUGGUGAGCGACGACCGCGCCCGCAUGACGGCUCACUUCAUCGGCACGCUGCCCGCGCUCCUGGACAAGUUCGGGGCGGAUCCCGAGAAGCUCACCAACCUGGUCUCCAUACCGCAGUACUUCGACCUGGAGCUGUACACCACGCAGCGGCAGGAGGGGAACCUGACGCUGCUGCUGAACAAGAUCCGGGAGAUAGUGAGCGUGCAGACGGAGGCGGAGGUGGUGGAGGCGUGCGGGCGGACCCUGGAGUACCUGUGCAGCGAGCAGGGCGGCGUGUACACGCGAUGCAACGUCGCCAGGGCCACCGUCACCGACAUGUGCGUCAACCGGUACAAGGAGGCCAUCGACGAGUACCGCACGCUCAUCGAGGGGGGCGAGACUCCCGACGCGGACGAGGUGUUCAACGUGGUCAACUCGCUGCGGAAGGUGUCCAUCAUGUACAUGUGCCACAACCUCAACGACACCAACAUAUGGGACUCGCUGUACGAGGACCUGCCCAAGCGCAGGCGGUGGUGUACGUGAUCCGCGCGUGCUUCUACUCGCUGCUGUGGGCGCUGCACGAGGUGGAGGAGAAGCUGAGCGUGGUCUUCGUGCACCACAACUACGACGGUCAAGACGAGAGACGCAUCGAGGAGCUGCACAAGCGGCGCAACUUCCUGGCGGCGUACUGCAAGCUGAUCGUGUACAACGUGGCGCCCAUCCGCCGCGCCGCCGACGUCUUCAAACACUACAUCAAGUGCUACAACGACUACGGGGACAUAAUAAAGGCGACCCUGAGCAAGGCGCGCGAGAUCAGCAAGUUGAGCUGCGCGCUGGCCAUGGCGCUGGCCAUGCAGGCGCUGCUGGCCGACGCGCUGCAGCGCCCGCGCGCGCCCACGCGCCAGAUGCCCGAGUUCCAGGAGCUCAAGGAGUUGGCGAAGCGGUUCUCGGUGAUGUUCGGCCUGGACGCGUUCUCGCCCAAGCUGCUGCGCCAGGACAAGCGGCAGGUGCUCAAGUUCCUGGACUCGAAGAUCCCGUCGAUGGCGUGGGGCGAGGAGUGGGCCCCGCUGACCACGUACCGCAACUCGCUGCUGACCGACUCGCCCGACGACCGGCCGCCGCCCACGCGCAAGCACUACUCGCGCCGCCACAGACAAAACGAAGAAGAGGAAGGCGAAGAGAAUCCAGAGUCUGACCAGGAGCAGGCCGGGUGA